AAACCAACGCCAACCCCAACACCGGAAGUACCAUGUAAAGACACCAAAGGACCACCUUCUCCUGAUCUCUCAUCUUUACGCCCUGACGAACUUCAGAUUCUAAACGAAGUUUUCAGACGACAAACUGAAUUCGAACAAAAUGAAAUUAAAAGAAUCGAAAGAAUCAGAGUAGAACUUGAAAAGUAUGAAGAUAUGAUUCGCAAUCAAUCGGAGAUGAAAAAGAAAGUCAAACAUGUAGAUUUACGGCUAUGUAGAUUAUGUUAUAAAACUAAAUUUGCUGAUGGUAUAGGUCGAAUUUGUUAUGAUUGCCAUAAGCGAGUUUGUGGUCGAUGUGGUUCCUUUACAAGACCACGAUGGAACACGAAGAAAAAUAAGAGUGUACGGGGCAAAUGGAGAUGUAAUAUGUGUCAAUUGAAAAGAGAAACAUUGUGUAAAACUGGACAAUGGUAU